GAUUACGUGCAUCGUCUUUGCGUAUGACGUAAACGAAAACAGGAAGCAGGAGUGACGGCUAACAAGCUAGCGACCAGAAAUGAUUCUGUGUCUGAAAUUUGAUGUGUAUAUCUUUACAGACUGGAACAAGAUUGACAUUUUGUCCAUGUGAAGAGCUCAGCCAAUCAAGAUAUCUACCAUGGGCCAACGAAGGAGAGCAGCUGUGAAUGCCUCUUCAUCUCAGAGAGUCUCUGCAGCUCCUGUAGAGGUCGCCCGAGUCCCCCACAAGAAGCAUAAAAUCUGCAUGGUUUCCGACUUCUUCUAUCCGAAUAUGGGAGGAGUAGAAAGUCACAUUUACCAGCUAUCUCAGUGCUUGAUUGAAAAGGGGCACAAGGUGGUAGUUGUCACCCAUGCCUAUGGCAGAAGGAAGGGUAUCAGGUACCUUACCAACGGACUGAAGGUCUACUACCUCCCCCUGCAGGUGAUGUACAACCAGUCUACAUCCACCACAGUCUUCCACAGUCUUCCACUUCUGCGCUGUGUGUUUGUGAGGGAAGGCAUCACUGUGGUGCAUGCACACAGCUCAUUCUCUGCCAUGGGCCAUGAUGCACUGUUCCACGCUAAGACCAUGGGCCUGAACACGGUGUUCACCGACCACUCGCUCUUCGGUUUUGCUGAUGUGAGCUCUGUGCUGACCAAUAAACUUCUGACUGUGACACUGUGCGACACCAACCACACAGUGUGCGUCUCAUACACAAGUAAGGAGAACACAGUACUCCGAGCGGCACUCGACCCAGAGAUAGUGUCUGUUAUCCCCAACGCUGUUGACCCGACAGACUUCACCCCUGAUCCCUCCCAGCGCAGAGAUGACACCAUCACCAUUGUUGUGAUCAGCCGUCUUGUCUACCGCAAAGGAAUUGAUCUUCUUGGUGGAAUAAUCCCAGAGCUCUGCCUCAGACAUCCAGAUCUGCAUUUCCUAAUUGGUGGAGAGGGACCAAAGAGGAUCGUGCUGGAGGAAGUGAGAGAGAAAUACCAACUUCAUGACAGGGUGCGUUUGCUGGGAGCGUUGGAGCAUAAAGAUGUUCGUGGAGUGCUGGUUCAGGGUCACAUUUUCCUCAACACAUCUCUGACUGAAGCCUUCUGCAUGGCCAUCGUAGAAGGAGCCAGCUGUGGACUUCAGGUGGUUAGCACCCGUGUGGGGGGAAUCCCUGAGGUGUUACCUGACGACUUGAUUACCUUGUGUGAGCCGACGGUGCGGUCGUUAUGUGCCGGUCUGGAGACGAUCAUUGCUCGGCAGCGUUCAGGGUCGGUCCCCUCCCCCGCCUCCAUCCAUGCCGGAGUGAGAAACCUCUACACUUGGAGAAAUGUUGCAGAAAGAACUGAAAAGGUGUAUGACCGAGUAGCUGGAGAGGAGGUGCUUCCCCUGGAUAGACGGUUACAGAGGCUGCGGGCUCACUGUGGACCCGUCGCAGGCUCCAUCUUUGCGGUGAUUGCUAUUAUAGAUGUUCUCCUCCUGUUGCUUCUGCAGUGGUUGGUGCCAGAUCACGUCAUGGACGUCGCUGUGGAUGCCACCGGCCCUCAUAGAUUGUGGAGACAGGAGAAGAGCGGUAAAGACAGUGCCAUAAAUUAAACAACUGAAAAACUUUUGUCAAUUUAACUGACACACCAAACUUUUGCCACAGCUGUCUCUACUUUUUGUGGGCUGGACAGAAAUAUAAAACAUGGCUGCUAAAUGCAAAAAGUGCUCAUAGUUACUACUAACGCUGUUUACAUGUACUCAAAAGAGGGGGCCCUACUUACAAAAAGUUAUUUAACGUCUAGAGGAAUGUUUUAAUAAUGAAUUUAAAACUGUGGCUUUAAGGGAGAUUUAAAAGUAACUAUUUUUAUUUUCUUAUCUUUCAUGCACAGUAUGACCUGCACUGAACAGGAGGAGUUAAAGGGCUGGUUAACUGCACACUAACAGGGAAAAUUAACAGCACUAACCUAUUCUCCCGCAGUUCACAUGCAUACCUCAUAAAUAGAGUAAUCAUUUAUUGAAAAAAUAAAUCACAUUUUGUGCCGAACUGAACAUCUUUGCAACUAUCUUGAAUCUUAUUUAGGUUAAAUGAAUGCCACUAUUGUGAGAAGCUACAUAUUUGUACGAAAAUUUCAUGUUUUUGUUGAUUGUUUUCUGAUGCACAGACGAGCCGCUCUGGUAAAUAAAGUAUACUUUUACAACAAUG